AUGGCUUCCCAAGACCUCAAACGCCGACCCCAACCCGAAUCCGUAACCCGAACCCACCAACAACCUCCCGCCGCCGCCGCCUCCCGCCGCGGGAAAUUGACCGCCGGCCGCGGCCUCCGAUCACUGACCGCCGCCCUCGCUUUCCCCAUCUCCCUCUCCGUCCUCGACAUAUACCUCUUCGGGUCGGCCGCCCGAAAACCCUUCUACUUCCCGCCUUUGUGGGCCCUACAUCUGGCCUGCCUGGCAUCGGCCCUCCUGUCGGGCCUGUCCGCGUGGCUCGUAUGGGCCGACGGUGGAUUCCACCGCUCGCCCAACGCACUGAUGCUCUACCUGGGCCAGCUCGCGGUUGGGCUGGGUUGGUACCCGGUCGUGUUCCGGGCUGGGGCGGUUUGGGCUGGACUCGGCCUGUGCGUGGCCCUGUUCGGGGCGAUGAUUGGGUGCGAGAGGACGUUUGGGAGGAUGAACCCGAUAGCGGGGGGUUUGGUGAGGCCGUGCCUCGCGUGGGCCGUGCUGAUUUCCGUUUUGAAUGUUAGGCUUUUGUUGUGUUAG